ACAACGAUAAACUGACACCCAAACCAGUUGUUAGGGUUUUUGAGUUUUUCACCUCAGUAGAGCGAGGCGGAAAACUCAUCUCUCAAACGCGCCAAAGCCCAAUUCCCAUCGCCUCCGCCAAAGAAGAUGGGCGACAUAACGUCGACGCCGCCGGUGGCGGAGCUGGCCAGCGCGACCUUGACCGACGACGCGGCGGCCGGGCUAGCCCUGAAGCAUCCCUUCUCCGAUCGGGUCCCAAUCCGAUCAAUCGUUUCCCGCCCCGACGGCGGAGCUGGGCUCGCCGGGCAGCGCAUCCGCGCCGGCGGAUGGGUCAAGACAGGGAGGGAGCAAGGGAAGGGCGCAUUCGCCUUCUUGGAAGUCAACGACGGGUCCUGCCUCGCGAAUCUGCAAGUCAUGGUGGACGCCGGCGUCGUAGAGGAGGGCCUAGGCUAUUUGGUGGCGACUGGAACCUCCGUCUCCGUCGAGGGUUUGCUGAAGGUUCCGCCUGAGGGUGCCAAGCAGAAGAUUGAGCUCCGGGUCGAGAAGGUCCUCCACGUCGGCCCGGUUGACCCGGCCAAGUACCCGAUUCCCAAGACGAGGCUCACUCUGGAGAAGUUGAGGGAUCGCAUCCACUUUCGUGCCCGAACCAACACGAUUUCUGCAAUUGCCCGAAUUCGUAAUGCUCUUGCUUAUGCUACGCACUCCUUCUUUCAAGAGAAUGGUUUCCUGUACGUCCAUACCCCAAUCAUCACCACUAGUGAUUGCGAAGGGGCCGGUGAAAUGUUUCAAGUUACCACGAUAAUCAGCGAAGCAGAGAAGCUAGAGAAAGAUUUGAUUAAGAACCCUCCACCAUCUGAGGCUGACGUGGAGGCAGCUAAGAGUGUUGUAGAGGUCAAAGCGGACGAAGUAGCCAAACUCAAGAAGGCUAAAGCUGGCAAGGCUGAAAUUGGGGCUGAAGUGGCUGAACUGAACAAAGGGAAGGAGAAUUUGUCAAAGCUGGAAGAGAGAGCCAAACUUAAGCCCGGUAUCCCUUACAAGGAUGGGAAGAUUGACUAUGCUGCUGAUUUCUUUGGACGUCAAGCUUUCUUGACCGUCUCUGGUCAGCUGCAAGUUGAAACUUAUGCUUGUGCUGUCGGCAAUGUGUACACUUUUGGGCCGACUUUCAGAGCCGAAAACUCUCAUACCUCAAGGCAUUUGGCUGAGUUUUGGAUGGUGGAGCCUGAGAUAGCUUUUGCAGAUCUUCAGGAUGACAUGAACUGUGCAGAGGCAUAUGUAAAGUACAUGUCCCAGUGGCUACUUGAUAAGUGCUCUGAUGACAUGGAGCUCAUGGCUAAGCUUUACGACAAAGUCUGCAUUGACCGUCUAAGAAUGGUGGCAUCUACUCCUUUUGAACGAAUUUCAUAUACAGAAGCAGUGGAAAUCCUUGAGGAGGCUGUGAAGGGUGGUAAGAAGUUUGAGAACAAAGUGGAAUGGGGCAUUGAUUUGGCUUCUGAACAUGAGAGGUUCUUGACAGAGAUCAAGUUCCAGAAGCCUGUUAUUGUUUACAAUUACCCAAAGGGAAUCAAAGCCUUCUACAUGAGGCUCAAUGAUGACUCAAAGACAGUUGCUGCAAUGGAUGUACUUGUACCAAAGGUUGGAGAGUUGAUUGGUGGAAGUCAAAGGGAGGAGCGAUAUGAAGUGAUCAAAGAAAGGAUUCUGGAUAUGGAGUUGCCUCUGGAGCCAUACGAGUGGUACCUUGACCUUCGCCGGUUUGGGACCAUAAAACACAGCGGGUUUGGAUUAGGUUUUGAAAGGAUGAUACUCUUUGCGACUGGCAUUGACAACAUCAGAGAUGUUAUUCCCUUCCCCAGAUACCCUGGUAGAGCAGAUCUAUGAAGUAGCUUUUUAGUUUAAAAAGAAAUAGGGGAGCCCGUGUUUAGUAUUGACAACAUAUGAGAUGUUAUUCCCUUCUCUUUCCCACAUUUUUUGAUCCAUUUGUUUGGGAGAUUUCUAGUUUUGGGGUUCGUUGUUUGGAUGAAUUUGACCGACUCUCUGUCGGCUUUGGCUGGUUUGAUCGGGUGGUAAGGUGUGAGAUAUAGCGGUUAUUGGCAGUUGAAAGAAAUGGCAAUUGUUGGGUUUGAUUCGUGUUUCAAUUAGUGUUUUGAAAUCCCCUCUUCUGUUGGCCCCUGUUGUAAGUUUGGGGGUAAUGAUGAAAAUGGAAGGUGUUUAAUCUACUUUGACGUUGUUUGUAGUGGUUAGCUUGGAAAACCAAAUCUGUUUCGCCAUAGAAGUUGAUUCUAUCUUAUUUCUGUGAACUCAACCCUUUGUUGCAUCUUUAGUUGCAUUUUGCUUCUCCUAUAGCAGAAAGAAGCUCGUCCGUUACUAACAUCAUUUGGCUGCUUUCAUGGUGGUAAUUAUCUAGUUCUACACAGG